UCAGAUUGCCUUUCGCUUCCUCCAAAGCAUCCGUGGUCGAUGAGCUGGGCGGCCGGCGCCCUCGAGGCUUGCAUGCCAAGCGAAAUUCCUGAAAAUCUUGUACAGGUCACUAAUGACGGCCAACUUCUGGAGCUCGACGCACGCGCAACGGUGGAUCUUCACACGGUCGCAGCUACUGCUUGCUCGUGAGGAAGACUUGCGCUAUGCGACACCUGAAGAAGUAGGAGCGAUCGGCAUUUGGGGUGCCAACGUCAUAUCGACGCUAUCAAAGCGCAUGCAGUUGAGACAACGCGUUUCAGCAACAGCCACCGUAUUUUUCAAGCGAUUCUACGCAAAGAACAGCUACUGUGCGACUGAUCUCACCAUUGUCAUUGCAGCAUGCGUCUACGUCGCGGCAAAAGUCGAAGAGAGUCCCGUGCACGUACGAAGCGUUUUCGCCGAAGCGAGUCGCGUUUUCGCUGACAUGUCCAGCCGCAGCUUUCCUACCGCUGCCCACGCUGUCGCAGAGAUGGAGUUUUAUCUUCUCGAGGAGCUUGAAUUUGAUCUCAUUUUGCACCACCCAUAUCGAACAUUGGCCCAGAUUGCGUCCACUAUCGGUAAUAUCAACGUUAAGGACAGCAAAAUAAGUGCCGUGAAUAGUACAGAGAAGGAGAGCCUUGGGCCAUCGUCCCGUAAGCGCAAGCACUCGCGGUCGGAACAGGACAGAGCACUGCGGCGAGCGCGCCACGCUUCGCAGACAGAUCGAGAACUCAUUAUCGGCGGAUCGGUCAACAACGGUUCUAUCGCUGCUUCAGAUGCGCAAGAUAUUGACGAAGAGCCAUGUUUGGAAGAUUUUGACGACUCGGCAUUGCAGAUGGCUUGGUUUGUUCUUAACGACACUUACAGAUCGGACAUCCCGCUGCUGUAUCCACCGCACCUCAUCGCCAUCGCUUCCGUUUUGCUGGCUCUCGUCUUGCACCCACCUGCCAGCGAGAAGCUUGAAGCAUCGAUUAGCCAAAUGCAAUCGGCGCGAAACGCAUGGGAACAAUCAAAAUUGCAUAAUCAAGCUAUAAGACCAGGACAGGAUGGUACUACAUCCGAUGCAUCUGGAAAUCCUGGUGCCCUAUCGCCUCAGGCCUCCCGAAUUGUCGGUCUGGGUAUCGACAACAAAGCUACACCCAUCACAUCCGAUCGAUUAGAUCACACUGCCUCAAACGGGGCUGUGAUACGCUCAUUCGCCGCUCAGGUCCCUUCCACCACAAGUCCUGUAGCAUCUACUCCAGGUUCUGUAGGCUCCAUGUUUACGUCGUCUGGCAACACUCCUGCCAACACGCCCGGUGUGGCCACCCAUCCUCAAUUAGGGGCUGGACAGCCGACUGCAACCGUAGCGAUUCCUCAUCAGCCACCGGUACCACCACCAGACACUCUCACCGUCCUUGCUUCCUUGAAUGUGUCGAUGCCGUUGGUCGCGGAGAUCGUGCAAGAGAUUCUUUCGUCAUACGAACUAUGGAAUCGCGUGGGUUCAAGCAGUGGCAGUAGCUCCGCUACCGGAGGCGCUACGGCGGGCGCAUCUCGCGACAAGGCCACUGGUAAGCGAGCUACACUUCACUCUGCUUCCGACAAGCAGGGGGAAGACAUAGUCGGGAACGGGCGUGCCAUGAUGAAACGACUGGAACGCAUGCGAGAGGCAAGACGCAGAGAUAUCCUCGCACGAGGGAAAUCAUGACGUAGCGCGCCCAAUACACUUUGGUAUCUACACAAGCUGUGAGGAUACAUCUCCAAAUCGGUAGACCCUAACCCAAGAUUCACGGAGGGCACAAGCCCUGGGGCGAGCAUGUGCUUACGAUACGAUGCUAUGCAAUGCGAGCCGAAGAGGUGAAUGGAUAUGUUUCCGCACAG